AUGUCGACUUCGAGUCUGCAAGAGAGCGUCUCGUCCAACACAUCUAUUUCUGACGAAGAGACGGAAUGCAUCACUUGCGAACCAUGUGCCCUUCCUCCCAAAGGCCUUGAGCAUGCCUUCCCUACAUUGGACAUCAAGACGAACCAAUUCGUCAGAAUGCCCGACACCGACUACAUCUUCAUCUCUCUGGAUUUUCAUCAUAUUUGCGGGGCAGAGCCUAGUGCAUCGCUGGACGGACCGUCGUGUCGACACGAUCCCGUCAUCGAUGCCGGGAUCGCAUAUCUUGAUAUGCGAGACAUCUUGUAUGACCGUGGUAAGGGCGUCAUACCUGGAGAUCGUGGGUCGUCAUGGUUCAAGUACAUGGCUCCUCUCCACUAUAUAGUGGAAGAGUUCGAGUACCAAGACACACUAGAUCAAUCGCCAUACUUGUUCGCUUUUGGUCGAUCAAGAAGGGUCCAGGAGAAAUAUCUUGCGUACAGAUUAUAUCGAGUCUUUGCGGCGCUGAAAAAGAAAAACCGACGGAAAGAUGAGAUCGAGCAAGGGCGUCUUCGACAGCUCAUUUUGCCCACCUUUGACGCAGACUCCGUCAAAACUACGCUGCAGCAGCUUGGUUUGGAAUGGUUAGCAGAACCCAAUGUUCAGAUAUGCGACAUGAAGCAGGAGAAACAGUUUGAGACACGCAUUAAACAACCCGCAGUAUUUGAGCAUGUUCUGGAGCGCUUGGGUAUUCGAUUUGAAGAUACUCGAUUCGGAAAGCUCACAUCAUGUUCGGGGAAUGUAACUGUGUUCAUGAUUCAGAUGAUUCUUGCAUUCUUCUAUGUAGACGAAGGUCAAAAAGUCUUGUUUGAGGACCGUAGACCAUUGAGUUGGCUGCGAUAUACUUGGGUAGGCCAUUCAUUGGAUCAGCUGAAUUUGGCACCGGGAGAGCUACCAAAGCGAAGGCGUGAAAGCGAGAUGAAUCGUCAUGACGUGCCUCAGAGGCAGAAUGAGAAGGCGUUCAGGUAG